GAUCCAACACAGUAACAAGCACGACAUACGAUACGAGAUAGCAUGCACGCCGAGUUAGUGGCAUGUCUUGUGGUAGGGCGUGGUGACAAGUGAGUCACGGGCCAGAUUUGUGUCUUUACUUUCCAUCCUUCGUCCAACUCAUAGACUCUUUGCAUUGUUCGAAAACGCAUUGGUAAGGCGAUCGGACAAUCAGAACAUGGCGCGUCCAACACAGGCCAGCACUAUCGAGUGCGGAAGGGACGCUGCCAAACAUUUCUCCUUCGCGAGCGGUUAUUGCAACUUGAACCACGGCUCCUUCGGCUCCUACCCGCUCGCCGUCCGCGACGUACUACGACACUACCAGGACGAAGCAGAAGCCAAACCAGAUACAUUCAUCCGCUACGACUACCCCAAACUCCUCGACAAGUCCCGCGAAGCACUGGCAAACUACCUCAACGCACCCCUCUCAAGCAUCGUCCUCCUCUCCAACGCCACCACAGGGAUCAACACCGUCCUCCGCAGCCUGGUCUACAAACCGAACGAAGUAAUCAUCUACUUCGCCACCAUCUACGGCGCGUGCGAAAAAACAGUCGAAUACAUCACCGAGACCACCCCGGCCUCCAGCCACAAAAUCUCCUACACCUACCCAAUCCCCGACGACGACCUCCUCUCCCGCUUCGAACAUGCCAUCUCCACCAUCCAAUCCAACGGCCAGACGCCCAAACUCGCCAUCUUCGACACCAUCGUCUCCCUCCCCGGCGUGCGCAUGCCCUUCGCCCGCCUCACGCAGCUGUGCAAGAGACACAACAUCCUCUCCUGCAUCGACGGCGCGCACGGCAUCGGUCAGAUCCCCCUCGACCUGACCGCCCUCGAUCCCGAUUUCUUCGUGAGUAACUGCCACAAAUGGCUACACGUGCCACGCGGGUGCGCGGGGUUCUACGUCCCGGAGCGGAAUCAACAUCUCAUCCGUAGUACGCUGCCGACGAGUCACGGAUUCAUCCCGGUUCCGAGGGAUGGCGCGGUGAUCAACAACCCGCUCCCUCCCGGCAGCGGCAAAAGCGCGUUCGUGACGAAUUUCGAGUUCGUGGGGACGCUGGAUAAUAGCCCCUACCUCUGCAUCCCCGCUGCGCUGCGAUGGCGGAGUCGGUUAUGCUGGCAGGGUAAGCAGGGUGAGGAGGCCAUUACGGCGUACACUCAACAUCUGGCUCGUGAAGCUGGGGGAGUGGUAUCGGGAGUCCUCGGCACAGAGGUGAUGGAGAAUGCGGAAGGCACGUUGGGCGAAUGUAACUUCUCCAACGUGCGGCUGCCCAUCUCGUUCGUCGCGCAUGCGAGCAGUGACCCCAACCAAGCGGUGAAAAUUGGGCAUUGGAUCGCCAAAGUGCUGACGGAGGAGUAUAACACCUUCAUCGCCAUCAUCUUCUACGCGGAGGCGUGGUGGGUGCGGCUCAGCUCGCAGGUCUACCUCACCAUCGCCGACUUCGAGUGGGGCGGCAAAGUGUUGCAAGAAGUCUGUCAGCGCGUUCGCAAGGGCGAGUGGCAAGGGCGCGAGAGCAGCAAGCUGUGAUCAUAACCCUCACGUUUCAUUUCUCGUAAAAAC